AUGCCUAAAAUAAAGCACACCGCUCUUGAACUAGCAGCUGUUAAAGCUGCAGAAAAAGCAAAUGUGAAGGAAGCUCUUGAGAAACAAGUAGAUGGCGAAAAGAAACAGCCAUUGACUUUUGGUCUCGAAUUUAAAUUUGUUCUUAAGGUCGAUGGGAACGAGCUCAGAGAUGGUGAAAGUGGUUUCUUGAUUUUGAAGCACAACACACAAGAGGCUAGAGAUACCGUCAGAGAGUACAUCCGCCAUGUUAUUCUCAGUGCCGCUAAAAGAGAGCCACAUGUUGUUGGUUAUCACAAGUUGUAUGGCAUAGAGAUAGGAACAUGGAAUGUCACAGAUGAUGUUGAGAUUCAGAGCAGAGUCUGUGAAAAUAAAUUUUCGGGAAGCAAACGCUACUCUGUUGAGCUUGUUUCACCUGAAUCGAGGUUCGACGAAAACAGAUAUAAACAAAUCCGCGAAGUAUGUGAGGCGGUUGUUAGCAAGUGUCGGAUUGAGAUCAACCUGACUUGUAAUCUUCAUGUACACAUCGGCAACAACGACAACAUAUCUUUGAAUUAUUCAGUAUUGCAAAAGCUUUCUGCUAUUCUCUGGACCUUCGGACCGCAUAUUAAACGGCUCCAUCAAAAGCUCCCAUCAAAAGAGGCUUGGCGCUGCAUUCCCUUUGGCCGAGACGACGCAGUACCAGAGUAUGCCCAAGAUCCCACAAAGGGGUUAGAAGCGAUUCUGCAGUGUAAUGAUAUGGAUGAUCUGGAUCGCAUUGUGCGAAUAAAGGAAGAGCGGUGUGCAUAUUCUACCUUUAAGAUGUUUCAAGAGUUGCCGGGCACCAAAGAUGAUAGUUCCGGUAUUCAGUACGAUGAGAACUAUGAACAACUUGAUCCGGGAAAGACCUUCGAGUUCAGACAGCAUAGCGCGACCUUCGAUCAUCAAGAGGUUCUCAACUGGCUUUUUGUCUGUGCUGAUCUCGUCAGACUUGCGCAAGCGAUGGAUCUGAAGGUUUUAGGCAAUUUACUGAGAACUUGGAUCAAGGUUCCCGUGGGUAAGGAUUUAUUUAUUCUAGUGCGAAUUGUUCGAAAAGUACUCCACCUCCCCGAAGUCGCCAACUAUUAUGCAGUCAAAGGCAAAGUAGUGGACGAGGGUGAUGAACUUGAGCAGAUUGAUCGCGGUUGGCAAUGA